UCAUUUGCUUUUCCAGACAUCCAUGGUUUGCAGCUCUUUCAUUUGCUUUUCCAGACAUCCAUGGUUUGCAGCUCUUUCAUUUGCUUUUCCAGACAUCCAUGGUUUCCAGCUCUUUCAUUUGCUUUUCCAGACAUCCAUGGUUUCCAGCUCUUUCAUUUGCUUUUCCAGACAUCCAUGGUUUGCAGCUCUUUCAUUUGCUUUUCCAGACAUCCAUGGUUUCCAGCUCUUUCAUUUGCUUUUCCAGACAUCCAUGGUUUCCAGCUCUUUCAUUUGCUUUUCCAGACAUCCAUGGUUUCCAGCUCUUUCAUUUGCUUUUCCAGACAUCCAUGGUUUCCAGCUCUUUCAUUUGCUUUUCCAGACAUCCAUGGUUUCCAGCUCUUUCAUUUGCUUUUCCAGACAUCCAUGGUUUCCAGCUCUUUCAUUUGCUUUUCCAGGCUCUCACUCUGCUUUAUUCCACUUUGCUGUGCUGUUGUUGUGGUGAACUUUUUUAAGGGCAGGACACAGUGAGGAAAGUCAGGGAUGAAGACAAGCAGAGUGAGUCUGACAGGUCUUCAGAUAAAGGGAGGGAAACCAGAAAGGGCGAGGUGAGGCAAGUAUAGAAAGAGGAUUAGAGAAUGAAAUCUUAAAGACGUGACGUCAGAAAGAUAAACCAGAUACACAGGAAAGAAUCUCAGUGCAGAAAAAACAUUUACAAACCAGGACUGAGGAAGCAGGAGGGAGCUGAGAGCCUCAGGACUCCAGGGUUAAAGGUAUUUCAAGAGGCAGCAAAACAGCUUUCAACAGACUGGGAGAUCAGGGCAGACAGACAGACAGACAGACAGACAGACAGGCAGGCAGACAGACAGGCAGGCAGACAGACAGGCAGGCAGGCAGGCAGACAGACAGACUCAAACACACGCUCCACCCAGAUAACAUUUGAAAACUUUACUUUGAUUCAGAUCGAGGCCGGGGUGUCAGAAUACAAAGAGAAGAGAUGAAAGCUUGUACUGCCACUCAUCAGAGCAACAGAAUCUGAGGCAACUUGCAUCUUGAGGCAACACACUUUUUAAUCACAAAUUUCCAGUUUGGAAGAGGCCUCACUGAAACUAAACCAGGCUGGAUUAACUGCAUGGCUUCCCUGUUGUGGCAGAACCCGGAUCCUGCGAGGGUCAGGAGGUUGGCAUCCCAGUCCAGGAGGGACAGUCUGUCCUCCCCCAGUUUGGAGAAACCCUUCUUCCCAUUCCCGUCUCAGAGAAGAGAGUCUAUGGGGAGCCCCCUGCCCCCCCCCACUGGAACACACCAGCUCCGAGCUACUGGAGAGGGACCUCAUACUGGCAGCGGAACUGGGACAAGCCUUACUGGAGAGGAACGAGGAACUGGGAGCCAAGCUGGAAGAGAGGGACAGAGAGAUAGAGCUGCUGAAGCAGCAGUGCUAUGAGAUGAAGCUGAAGCAGGACUCUGUGGAUCUGGAGUGGUCUCAGCACAGGGCGGACCUGGAGUCGGACCUGGGGCUGGCAAGGGCCCAGCUGGAGCAGUGGCAGAACCAGGACCGGGAGAGGCAGAGAGUGGAGGGGGAGGAGCUGAAAGAGCUGUCCAAUCACAACCAGAGGCUGGUGGAGCAGCUUUCUGAGGCAGCCAGGGUGCAGCACGAGUUGAUGUCAGAGCUGCGAACACUGAGGGAGGAGUUUGAAGAGAGAGACAUGAAGAAUUCAAUCCGGACGGCCAGAAUAGAAGGGCUGCAGGCGGAGAAUGUUCUGCUGCUGCAGAGAAAGUCAGAAGCAGAAAAGCAAAUGAAAUCGCUUCAGGAAGAGAAUGAGAGGCUGCGGAGCGCCUCCGAGGCUCUGCGGGAGAAAGUGCUGGAGCAGCAGGAGAGGGAGGAGGAGAAAGAGAGAGAGGUGAGGACAGACAGAGAGGCUGAGGAGCAUCUCUGAGGCUCUGCGGGAGAAAGUGCUGGAGCAGCAGGAGAGGGAGGAGGAGAAAGAGAGAGAGGUGAGGACAGACAGAGAGGCUGAGGAGCAUCUCUGAGGCUCUGCGGGAGAAAGUGCUGGAGCAGCAGGAGAGGGAGGAGGAGAAAGAGAGAGAGGUGAGGACAGACAGAGAGGCUGAGGAGCAUCUCCGAGGCUCUGUGGGAGAAAGUGCUGGAGUAGCAGGAGAGGGAGGAGGAGAAAGAGAGAGAGGUGAGGACAGACAGAGAAGCUGAGGAGCAUCUCUGAGGCUCUGUGGGAGAAAGUGCUGGAGUAGCAGGAGAGGGAGGAGGAGAAAGAGAGAGAGGUGAGGACAGACAGAGAAGCUGAGGAGCAUCUCUGAGGCUCUGUGGGAGAAAGUGCUGGAGCAGCAGGAGAGGGAGGAGGAGAAAGAGAGAGAGGUGAGGACAGACAGAGAAGCUGAGGAGCAUCUCUGAGGCUCUGUGGGAGAAAGUGCUGGAGCAGCAGGAGAGGGAGGAGGAGAAAGAGAGAGAGGUGAGGACAGACAGAGAGGCUGAGGAGCAUCUCCGAGGCUCUGUGGGAGAAAGUGCUGGAGCAGCAGGAGAGGGAGGAGGAGAAAGAGAGAGAGGAGAGUACAGAGAGGCUGAGGAAUAGAGAGGGAGUGUAGAAUGAGAGGCACAGAGACGGAGAGAUGGAGAAAUCUGUGUUUUAAUUACACUUAGGAGGGUUACACAGAGCUAUCGCAUUCUCAAAUAAAACCCAGUUCAUAUCCCUAUUGAAAUGCAUUGUAAGGAAUUUGAAGUUCACAUGUACACAGAAAUGUAAUAAAUGAGCUCUAAUAGUCUCAGACUGGCAUUUGUUAUUACAGUGUCUACAGACAGCUGUGUGGUAUUCCAAGCCUGUUUGUUUAAGUGUUGUUUGUGUUGAACACUGAUGCCCUUGAUUCGUUCUGU